UAUUCAACCAUUCGCAAACCCAUGCCGGCGUGCAUAGUUGAUUGAGUUGGUUUCGCUUAAUUAAGAUCUGCAGCAGAUGCACAAAAGAUCGAACAGUACAUCACAUUUUUGUUGUUGAUAGUUACAGUUUUCCCCUGCAUAUUUGUGAUGAUUGCAGUCUGAUGAGUGCUGAUAGUUCAUGAUUCUUGUGGCUGUUUAGUCGGUCUUAUUAUUCUCGUCGUAGUGUCAUACACCAGUUUACGUACAAGAUGAGUAUUAUGUCAUAUAAUGGCUCGGCCAUUUUGGCAAUGAUUGGCAAAGACUGUGUUGCCAUAGCAUCAGACAGGAGGUUUGGAAUUCAGGCACAAACCAUUUCCUUGGAUUGUCAGAAGAUAUUUGAAAUGGGCCCAAGGCUGUAUGUAGGGCUGUCUGGUCUAGCAACAGAUGUACAGACUGUUGCCAAUCGGCUGAAGUUUCGUCUCAACUUGUAUUGUUUACGUGAAAAUAGAGACAUCAAGCCCAAGACAUUCAUGAACAUGGUAUCCAACCUAUUGUAUGAAAGAAGAUUUGGUCCAUACUUCACCGAGCCAGUCAUUGCUGGUCUAGAUCCUAAGACAUAUGAACCAUUCAUAUGUAACCUAGAUCUGAUUGGAUGUCCAAUGUUUACCGAUGACUUUGUUGUGGCUGGUACAUGUACAGAGCAGCUAUACGGCAUGUGUGAAUCACUCUGGGUGCCUAAUCUGGAACCUGAUGACUUAUUUGAAACAGCUGCUCAAGCCCUUGUCAAUGCUGUGGAUAGAGAUGCAGUGUCUGGAUGGGGAGCUGUUGUCCAUAUCAUAGAAAAAGACAAAGUGACAACACGGACUGUGAAGGGUAGAAUGGACUAGUCUGGAGCUACACGGUUUGCACUGACUUUCUGAGAUUGGAAACUUUUCAGUGCUUCAUUCGGGAAAGAUAAAACAUGAGUCAAACAUUGGCCCACAAUUUUAUCUCAAAUUCCAUCAAUAGCCACAUUUUAAGAGAGCACAGCUAAGCUGAUGUCUUUCCUCUGUUUUCUGUUCAAAUUUUAUGAAGGGUUUAAUAGUCAUCUUUUGUUUUGAUUCAUAUUCACCAACGAAAGAACUUUUAAAGUUAGUCUGAAUCAGGAUUUUUGUCAGUAAGCUACAGCAGAUCUAGUAAUGCACAAGUCUGUUAUAGCGCUCUUUGUCCAGGGCAAAGGGUGAAUUGGUCAAUUUGUAUCCACAUUUUAGAAUGUCUUACCAGAACCUUGUUGGCAGUUUAUCCAAUGGUUCUGAAUAAUCUGAGUAUAUUCCUUACUGCUUUAGUUAUUUAAUUGAUGUUUGAAAGCUUAGUAAUUUUGAUUCAUCAUUUCAUGUUGUUACAUAAUGAUGGACAUUGAUAACCCUGUGAUGAUAGUAACCAAGAAAAGGCAUGGGCACUGUUACUGGGCCGAGUCAAGGAUGGGGUUCAUUUUAAGUAGCCACACCAAUAAUACCUUGAGUGCUAUUGAAGGUAGCUGUCACAUGUCUGUUCCUAUUUACAAGAACCUUUCCAUAGAAAAACUUUUAAUACAAAUUUACCAAAACAAUACAGCCACAUUCAAGAUGUAGGGCUAUUCCCCCUGUACAUGCAUGUGCGUUUUUGUUGUCAACCAGAGUUGUAACGAGUCACUGAUUUUUGUGACUCGAGUCGAGUCGAGUCAUUUUAAAGAAGUGACUCGAGUCAAGUCGAGUCAUUAGGUCAAGAUGGUCAAGUCGAGUCGAGUCACAGUGUGUAGUCGAGUCGAGUCGAGUCAAGUAUUUAGCUCGAGUCAAUUCGAGUCACAAAUAUUUGAGCACUGUACAAUAAAUAAACACAAGAGAGAAAGUCAUUUUUGGCUGUUUAGAUUUUACAUUCGGGCUACUGCAUGUGGCGACACCACAUUUGCCUCUUAAUGAAAAUAAAACGGGGGUGCCAGCUGAUUGUCAUUCAACUAAUGGGGACACUGAUCAAACCACGUAUGUAUAUGUAUACAUUAUUCGCGAACAUUCUAACGUGAAGUGAACAAAAACCGGCACCGGCGUAAGUCAUUGAAAAUAUUUUUCCCAAAGUUUUGCUUUUAUUUUUGGGACUCGAGUCUCAUUAGCCUUCCUCGAGUCGAGUCGAGUCAUUCUGAUGAGGGACUCGAGUCGGGUCGAGUCAUUUACUUGCAGUGACUCGAGUCGAGUCGAGUCAUUUGCCCUUAGGGACUCGAGUCGAGUCGAGUCACCAAAAAUUGUGACUCGAGUUGGACUUGAGUCGAGUCAUUGACUCGAGUCAUUACAACUCUGUUGUCAACCAAACUACAACUGGUGGACCCUGUGUAAUGAAUACUUAACAUACUAAUCUAAAUGAACAUCUUAUGUUGGUAUUAUUGAAUAAUUUGUAGCAUAUUUAAAAUCAGAUCUGUCUUAGUUGUGAAUGUUGUUACAUGUAAUAUGGCAGAGGGGUUGCCGAACAACGUUUCAAUUGGAUACAAUUUUGUAUUAAAAUAAUGCUGGUGUUCUGAUUCAA